AUGGCCUAUGGCGAAACCCGCGCCCGCACCGGGCUAACAACCUUUCUGCUAGCCAGCAGCGCACUAGUGUGGGUGUCUGCGGUUAUUGUGCUGGGGAUUCUCGCCUAUUACGUCUCGACGGGCUGGAAAGGAGAUCACAUCAUUUACGAACUCGUCAUUGCCGUGCUUACUACCGCGUUCUUCCCCUUGGCCUUCUUCCUGGUUAUCUCUCCCGGCUCGAUUCUACUCUUUAAUUUGAUCUUCUCGUACCUGUGGCUCGUUGCAGUCUCGUUCACGGCAUCCGAUUGGAGCUAUAGCCAUUCAAACCUCCUCCUGACGGCCGAGGCUUUCAGCUUCAUCGCCUUCUUCUUCCUCUUCUUCAACAUCCUGUACGACUGGCACUACGGCUUUUACCGACCGGCAGCCCGGUCGGGAAGAGCUGUUGUUUGA